AUUCGGCCUAAAAUGCCUUCAGGAGCAUUCUUAUGAUGAGAAAUGUCGUUUAAAGGCAUUUCCAGCUCAAAAAAGCAUUUUUCAAGCGAUUUCAACAUUUCAGGUUGGAUUUUGACUUUUCAUGCAAAAGUGCCCAAUUCGGCCUAAAAUGCCUUCAGAAGCAUUCUUAUGAUGAGAAAUGUCGUUUAAAGGCAUUUCCAGCUCAGAAAAGCAUUUUUCAAGUGAUUUCAACAUUUCAGGCUGGACUGUGACUUUUCAUGCAAAAGUGCCCAAUUCGGCCUAAAAUGCCUUCAGGGGCAUUCUUAUGAUCAGAAAUGUCGUUUAAAAGGCAUUUCCAGCUCAGAAAAGCAUUUUUCAAGCGAUUUCAACAUUUCAGGCUGGACUGUGACUUUUCAUGCAAAAGUGCCCAAUUCGGCCUAAAAUGCAUUCAGGGGCAUUCUUAUGAUGAGAAAUGUCGUUUAAAGGCAUUUCCAGCUCAGAAAAGCAUUUUUCAAGCGAUUUCAACAUUUCAGGUUGGACUGUGACUUUUCAUGCAAAAGUGCCCAAUUCGGCCUAAAAUGCCUUCAGGGGCAUUCUUAUGAUGAGAAAUGUCGUUUAAAUGCAUUUCCAGCUCAGAAAAGUAUUUUUUAAGCGAUUUCAGCAUUUCAGGUUGGACUGUGACUUAUCAUGCAAAAGUGCCCAAUUCGGCCUAAAAUGGAGAGGGGGUUCAGCGAAAAAUCGGCAGCCGGCAGCAGGAAGUAGCUGACACUGGCAGCUGACGUCAGCUGACACUGACAGCCGGAAGUCUUACCAUAUUAGGAAGGACCUGCUAUUUCGUGGCAGCCAAUCAGUAUCGUUCACCGUAGUAGCAACCAAUCACAUUUAACUGGAAACCCGCGAAUCUUCAUAAUACCGGUGGUGUUUGGUUCGGUAAGUUCGUAGUAUAUUAAUUAUAAGAUUAGUAAGUAAUUGUUGCUUUGUAAGUUGGAUUUUAACUGUUAUGUUAGAGACAGUGUAUCUGUGAUUAACAGUUAGUUGAAUUGAUUAAUUUAAUAAUUUGUAGAAAUACCGCUUGUGUACCAUGUGGUCCUGGUUUGUGAGGGGCAAUCAUUAACUUAAAAUACUAACUUAAUUUACUAUAAUUACCAUUAAACAUUAGCGUUUGUUAACAUGUUAACUUAAUCUAUUGAUUAGAAUAAAGCUCAUGCUGAUUCAUUGGAAGUACUGACAAGCUCAGCCUUGAUGAUUCAAGUACACCACUAACCAUAUCGUUUUUUGUGCAUUUCAUUUUUCAGGGGAUUGUCUGAUAUUCAACCAUUUACUGAUUUUUGUUUUAUUGCUAUUGCUUUUUUAACAAAACAGUUCUUUUAAGAACUACCUUUCUUUCUCAAACUUUCUCAAACUCUUUACUGUCCUCUUUACCCACCUCUUGUGUAACUGUCUAUCGAUUAUGGCAGGUAAGAAGCCAAUUUUUUCCCUAAAUUCUUACUAACUAAAGUUAAUUUGAGCAGAACAUGCAAACACCUAUCCAUGGUUAAAAUGUAAUUGGACUUCUAAAAUGUUUUACCUUUUAUAUAUACUAUGAAUUUGUGUUGCUAUUUUUAAAGUAUGUUAUUUUCUUGUAUACACUGCAUGUGUAGGAAUACCCUUUGCUUUUGGAAAAGAUGAAGUCUUUUCUGGGACAGGCAGCUGUCCCUACUGUACAACUGGGGUAAUGUCAAGUCCUGAGCACUUUCAGGCAAAGCAUGUAAAACAUGCCAUAUAUUUUGAGGACAAUGGCAUCCAAAAAUAUUGUGUUCCUUGCUUUUGUUUGAACACCCGACAACAAAAGAGGUGCCAUUGGCAUUGCCCGAAGUGUCAGCACAUCUUGUGCCGUGCCCCUGACUUUAUAAAGCACCUACAUAAUCAUGAUCUUUCAGUUAUAGGCAAAAUUACCAACAAGCCAGACAAAGGGCCAUCUUCAGAAAAAUCACAGGCAGGGCAGCAGGUCAGGGAACAGCCACCUAUCUUUUGUAUUGAUGAACGAAAUGGAAUUUUUGUCACCCCAAAAGAUGCCCAUGGACCUAGAGUCCCUCUUCACGUAAAGAAACACAUGGUCUCGGGGUCUGUUGCCUGUGAGUCCUCUGUGUGUCGAGAUUUUAUGAGGAUUGGAGUUGAAAGCGGCAAUCCAGGCCUUGAAUGCAUUCACCUUCAGAGGACAAAUAGAGCAAUGUGCUAUUCUGCACCAGCCUCACUUAGGGAGGAUUCUUUGCAGUCUAUGGUUGACAAUGGCCUGCUGUCAAAAACCCGACUAGAUGAAUGUGUGCAGCUAAGAAACCGAAGUAUUGCUGGUGGUGUGGAUUGUGUAUUUCCCAUUAUUUGGCACGAGCAAACCUCUGUCAGGUUUUUUUAUUUUUCAGUGUUUACUGGGGUAAAAGACAGCUGGUGUCAGUUCGAAAGGACCAGAGUCUCUUUUGAUAGCCAUCUGGGCAAGUGGCACUGCCAGUGCCGCAAUAAAAUAAGAAGCUGUGUCCACAGAUACCUGUGCAUGUGGUGGCUGUUUCAAGAGAAACCCCAUAUCCUUUCUUGUCAAACUGAAACAAAUGCUGAAGACAGUGAUGUGGAUGAAAGGGUCAGAGAUGUUGCAGAGACAGAAGUGGCAACACUGGCUUCUACUGACAUACAGGAGUUGACAGAUUAUUUGUGGAGACAAAAGAGGGUGCCAGAAAACCUUCCACAGGAUUUGUCGACAAAAGAACGCCAAAUCCCAGAUUUCUUUGAACCUCUAGAGUCCAAUUGUCCUUAUUGCCCUGGUCCCACUCCGCCAGCUUUGGGGGAGAGGGUACUAAUUACACGGCAUGGGACAGUGUACGGAAUAUCUUCAGUGACUCGAGAUGUGCCAGUGUAUGUGAAGAACUGCCUUGUCUGUAAACGUCCAGUGAGGUUUCAAGAAUAUCAGUCUGGUUUUCAUAAUUAUGAUAACAGGACCUUUUUGACCAUUCCCCUCUGUUCUCUUCUGACAUCUGGACUGGCAAAUCAUAUUGCCCUUGGACGUUUUCUGCAAACCAUGGAGGAUCAUGCCAACAUCACUUUUCCACACAAUUUGAUAAGAAAAGCAUUUUAUCAUUUCUCUGCUCUGAGGGAGUACUCUUAUAACUAUUCAUGUGUCAGAUGUGGCCACAGUCCUCCGGUUUUGGUUGCCGAUGGAAACUGGAAAAUUGCAUUUGAUUUACCAGCACAUCUGUUUAGACGGCCAAAUUUGGACAAUAUCAGCCAAGAGGAUACUCAAGUUAAUGUCAGCACAAGAUGGGAGAUGCUUGAGAAGGAAAUGACUGCUGCUGGGUUCUGUGAUGGCAACAAAUGUGCCAAUCCUUAUUCACGUCCCUUGACAUACACUGCCUUUACUCCUUGGCUGGGUAACUGUUCUAGGAUAAGCGAUAUUGUUCCAAAGACAGAAGUGUACAAAGGUCUAUCUCAGAAAGAUCGUGCUUUCACCUCUAGCUGUGGCUUGGAGAUCGAUGAAGAAGCCAUUUUGCAAGUGCUGGAGUCCAAAACUCCAAAGAAAGAAGCCUUGGUCAAAGCCUGCAAUGCCCUUGGAGUGUCACACGUGGGUAGUACCACUGACUUGAUUAACCGACUUGAGGAGCUACUCCUUUACAAGGACUUGUACCCGAAAAUGUUUGUUAAGCUUCAGAAGGCUGGUGCCGUAUGAUGGACGACUUUGUGAAAACACUACUGCACACAUCCAGGCAGCAGUGGAAAAACGACUUGAAGUCCGGUUCCCAUGGGUGACAAGUGUUGGCUUCUCAUCUAGAAAAGUCUCUGAAAAUGAGGCCACCUAUUCUUCUGACACUUUGUCCUCACUGCAUCCUGUGACAGGAACCAAUGCAAGAUUCUCUUUGUAUGAUCGGUUCCAUCAGAAAAAUCAAAAGCGACAAGAGGAGGUUUUGAGAAGUUUGAAAUUGGCACCACACUUGGCUGCUCUUGUUAACUCAUCCGUAGCUGAACAGCUAAACCGGGAGUUGUCUUCCAGCAGAUAUUCUUUGUGUCAAAUGAGAGAUGAACAUUACAUGUUCUCCCUCCGACUGUACUUCCAUCUUCACAACAAAAGAGUUAAUGAAAAAUACAUGAAAACGUUGGGGACCCAGGCUAAGCAUUCCAUCCGCAUUGGCCUACAUGGGAAAUUGACAUUCAGGAGUGAAGGUAGUUGUUUUAUUUCACAAAGUUCACCAAGGCCUGACACAGAUUGCUGGGGACGGACAAACAUACGUGCCAGGAAGGAAACCCCAGAUUUCCAGUUGCAAAACCAACCAAAUCCACUGUUUGAUCAUGUUUUGGAUGGGACCCAAUCACCAGAUGAGAUCAUAGGUGCAGUGGGUAAAACAGUGUUGAAAAGAUCUGACUUGAUCUCUUUAGGAUUGAACCAGGAAGUGGAGGCAACAGUGAUGAACUGUUGCCUUUCUCAGCUAUCCCACAUUGCUGGAGAGAAGGGCAAGGAUGUUCAUGUUCUUGAUUCAUAUGUGGUGGCCACUUGGCAACAACCUCUAAAUUGUGAUCCAUUUCUGUCCCUACCAACUGAUGCAGCCUCAAAAGACUGCAUCCUAUUUCCGAUUUGCAAAUCAGCUCACUGGACCUUAUGUGUAAGUUGUUGAUUUCUUCAAAUAACAUUUGUUUAAUUUUGGAAAUAUUUUAAUCCUUGCUUCCAUCCAAGGUUUUGCCUGACAGCCAUAUUUUAUAUUGUUAAUGUUACUUUCUAUGGUAAUCACAAUUUGGCAAACUAACACACAGGCAGGCUAUAUUGUAGGAAGUUUGCUUUGUGUAUUCUGCAGGUAUUGCUCCCGAAACUUAAAAGGAUACACAUCCUUGACUCCACUGACCCUAGAGGUUAUGGAGAUGCUGACUGUGUAUCCAUGUUCAGGUUUACAUACUGUAUAAUUCCAUUCCAUAGUCCAAAGUUCUGUUGGACAAAAACUGUUCGGUGUUCCAGUUAUAUAUAUAUUGUUCAUUUUUAUAUAUAUAUUUAAAUAUUAUGGAACUGUUCACUUGUUCCAUAUAACUUUCACCCCCAGUUUCACAGACAAGGCUCUAACUAUUUCCAGACUAAAAUGCAUGUUUAACUGAAAGCAACUUGCACUUGCAUAUCUUAAAAGAAACAACGGCACUGACAUUUUAAGAUUCACAACAGUAAUGUUUUUUCUAGGGCAUAUUUAUUAAAGCUACUUAAAUGUCCUAAUUGCAGUAAGGCCUAAUCCUGACAUAAUCUAAACCCUAUCUGUGAAACCGGGUUUCAAAGUUUAACAUAUUAGUCCAGUGGUUCAGUUCAACAUUUGUUCUCUGGCUUUAGAUAGGCAUAGACAGUGGCUCCUUAGUUAGGUAUGCUGCUGUCUAUGCCUGCUGCAAAAUGGCUAAGUGGUUCAACACGGAGUUCAUCUCUCUUGCUCUUGUGUGUGUGUAAAAUAACUAACUUUUUUCCCCUUCUAUUUAAGCUCAAUUGCAAUAAAGAUGGU